AUGAUUUUCUCAUCGGAAUCGCCUGUUUUUGCGCCAAACUUGAACUCUAAUGACGAUUUCUUAAAGAGACUCGCUGCUUGCCGCGGACUUGCCAGUGAAGUCAGGAUCGUAGAAGUAGGACCACGGGAUGGUCUUCAAAACGAGAAAAAUCAUGUGUCAACCGCGCUGAAAGUUGAAUUAGUGAACAAGCUUACAGCAGCAGGAUGCGAUUACAUUGAAGCUGGUGCUUUCGUUAGCCCGAAAGCUGUCCCUAGAAUGGCAGACUCCAAGCAUGUCUUUCAGCAGAUCGAGAGAAGCGACGCUGUUACAUACGCUGCCCUCACACCCAAUCUAAAGGGAUUCGAAACAGCGAUGGAAGUACACGCGAGUGAAGUCGCAGUUUUCACCGCCGCCUCUGAAGCAUUCAACAAAGCAAACAUCCGUUGCUCAAUUGAAGAAUCCAUCGCCCGCUUCGAUCCUGUCUUUGAAGCUGCGAAAGAAAACGGCGUCAAAGUACGAGGAUACGUGUCCUGCAUUGCUGGCUGUCCUUAUCAAGGAUGGGUGGAUCCUGCAAAGGUCCGGGAAGUCACCCAACUCUUGUUGGAAAAGGGAUGCUACGAGGUAUCUCUUGGUGACACUAUCGGCGUUGGAACUCCUGGAUCGAUCGCUGCUGUUUUGAAAGAAGUUCUCGAAACUGUCCAGCCAGGAUCUAUCGCUCUUCAUUUGCAUGAUACUUACGGUCAAGCUCUUGCAAAUAUUCUUGUUGGUCUUCAACACGGUAUCAGAACUUUCGACGCCUCUGUCGCUGGACUCGGCGGAUGCCCUUACGCUCCUGGUGCAUCUGGAAACGUCGCCACAGAAGAUGUUGUUUAUAUGCUCGACGGACUCGGAAUCAAGACAGGCAUCAGCCUUGAUGAUCUCGUGAAAGUAGGCAAUUUCAUAUCCACUGAAUUGGGGCGCAUGAACGGCUCCAAAAAAAACAAAAACCUUCUAAAAGGAUCCAACAAGAAAAUCCUUGACAAGACGAAAGGUAUCGGUGCGAAAGAAACACCCUACAAUGGACCAAAUAAGAAAGUAAAAAGCCUGAAAAAUGAGAAGAAAAAGGGGGCACAGAAAAUUGUCGAAAUGGCAAAACCAAAAGAAGAAGAAGAACUUGUGCUGCCUGAUGCGGAUAUGAUUGAUUCUGACCAAGACUCUGAUAACGACAUGGCUUUCUUGGACAGCGUGGCGAAUAGCAAACAGAUCGCCAAGUUACAGAAAGAACGAAAACGACAGCUUGAAAAUAUUGGCGAGGACUUUGAAACCGGCAAAAGAAGCUUCGGAGACGAGAAGGAAGAUCCUAAGAAGAAGCGAAUGUUGCCUGUUUUAAAUGCAGAGGGAGACGUAGAAGAGAGAUUCAAAGAUGUUGAUCACGUCCGACUCAUGGACGAAGAGACGGAUAGCGAGGAAGAAGAAGAAACAAAGCCUGAUGGAAAGCAACACGCUCAUGCUGCUCUUAGAUUGGUCAUUAAAGCGCUUCACUUUGAUGGAGACCACCAGUAUCUUCCGAUUAAAAUCCGUCAAAUGGCCAUUCUUACAGCAGGAGCUGUUUUGACGGAUAUUCUUCCCUCCUACCGAAUCCGAAAGCUGACUGAAGAAGAAAAGAACGAAAAAGUGAAGAAAGAUAUCCGCGCGCUAAGAAACUACGAGCAAGGACUUUUGGAAUACUACCAGAAAUUUCUGAAGCGAAUGGAGUACUUCCUCAUGCUUUAUAAAUCGCCUGGAAUGUUGAAGAGAAAAACUGGUGUCCGAAAUAGACGUAAUUUUGUGGAGGCAGAUCCGCUGGAAAUUAUUUCCAAGCCCGCUAGAGUCGUUAUUGCUCGAUCAGUUAUCAAAGUCAUGUCCAAGCUGAUGGUCUCAACUCUUCAAUUCAACUUCAACGAAAACAUUAUCGAAACGCUAAUUCCAUACAUCAACGAUACUGACGAAACCAUCGGUGAACUCGUUCAAGAAGGAAUAGUCGACUUACUGAAGACUGACAGGACAUCUGAAAAAGUCCUGCUUGUAAUUCGAAAACUCGCAGCUGUUGUUAGAUCAAAAGGAAAAGACCACCGAGACAAAGAAAGAAACAAAAUCGACAGAAAAAAUGUGUCCAGAGCGCAGAACAAGCAGCGAAAGCGAGAAGCGAAGCUACAAAUUGAAUUGAAAGAAACUGAGGCUGUGGAGAACCAAAAAGAUCGACUCUACUUCAACUCGCAAGCAAUCGAGGCGGUGUUUGGAAUAUUUUUCAGGAUUCUGAAGUCUAUCAGAUGCUCGAAGCUUUUAUCCCCAACAUUGAUCGGAAUCGGCAAAUACGGGCAUCUUAUCAACUUGGAUUUAAUCGGUCCUUUGCUUGGGUUGCUCACUGAUUUCAUGUCCGACACAAGCGUGAUCGUUGCCAACCGUCUCAAAUGCGCUAGGUCUGCUUGUGCCCUUCUCUCUGGUGAAGGAGAAGAUCUUCUCGUGGAUCCAAAACAACUCUACCUCUAUUCUUACCGAAUUUUGGACACGAUCACGAUCGAAUCAAAGGACAAGGCGAAAGAAUUAGGCGACCCAUGGCCUGCGCUCUUCGACGUUCUCCAUGCACUCUUGAUCGAAAGAAAAAGUCAACUUACUAAUGGAAGAGUUAAUGCUUUCCUCCACAGAAUUAUGACAACAGCAGAACGACUGACGAAAAAGCACCAGCAAGAGUCGACGGCUUACGUUUUGGGUCUUUUGCUCAUCGUUAGGGCAAUAAUGAUCAGCCACAGAUGCGCUGCGAGCUGUUUCGACGACGAGGCCGAGCAGAGUUCCCUUCCAGUCGAUAAGCUCGACCCAGAUUUGGUCGUUGCCAACAGAGUAGCCUGCACGAAAGAAUUGGAAGAAGUAAAGAAGCAUCCCAACAAACUCGUCGAGAUCCUAGUCAAGCACAUUGAAGCUGGAGCUCCGAGCAACGUUGCACUGCCGAGAAAUAUGGCGAGAAAGCCACCGACUGUUAUUUAUAGAGAGACAAAGUAUGGUCAGUUCAAGGACAGAAAGAAAUGA